AAACAAGCUAUUACAUCCAUAGGCCAUCAUUUCUUCUAAUAUUUGUUCUAGAAAAGAACAUUCCAUAAACAGAAUAACCGCAACUGCCUAUUUUUCCUUUGCCUUUUAAAGUUGACAACAUUGGAAACACAAAUACGAAGCCUUUCUCAUUCCCCUCUUCUUCAAACACUUCUCCUUUCUUUGUUCUUCUUCAUUCUAAGGGGGAUUUCUUAUAUUAAUGGGUACCUCAAAAAGACCUUCUUUGGCCAUUAUAAUGGCAUGGUUAACUCUAAUGCAAGGACUUUUGGUUGCUGUUAAUGGUCAUUUUAAUUAUAAGGAUGCACUUGCUAAGUCAAUUAUUUUCCUAGAAGCACAAAGAUCAGGAAAACUCCCCCCAAAUAACAGGCUACCUUGGAGAGGAGAUUCUGCCCUAGAGGAUGGUAAACUUGUAAACGUGGACCUUGUGGGAGGAUAUUAUGAUGCAGGAGACAAUGUGAAAUAUGGACUUCCUAUGGCUUUUACAGUAACAACUCUAGCAUGGAGUACUCUCGCUUAUAAAAAAGAGUUACAAGCUGUAGGCGAGUUUGAAAAUGCGGUUGCUGGCAUCAAAUGGGGCACAGAUUAUUUUCUAAAAGCUAGUAGUAGACGCAACCGUUUGUAUGUGCAGGUGGGAGAUCCAGAACUUGAUCAUCAAUGUUGGGUUAGACCAGAAGUUAUGCAAACACCAAGAACUGUGUUACAAAUUGAUGAGAAGGAUCCUGGAACAGAGAUUGCAGCAGAAACUUCAGCUGCAAUGGCUGCUGCUUCCAUGGUAUUUAGAUCCUUAAAUCACACAUAUGCUCGUCGUCUCCUCAACAAGGCCAAACUGCUUUUUACAUUGGCUAAGGCACACAAAGCAACAUACGAUGGAGAAUGCCCCUUCUACUGCUCUUACUCUGGCUACAAUGAUGAGCUAAUGUGGGCAGCAACAUGGCUAUACAUGGCAAGCAAGAAGUCUAUGUACUUGAAAUAUGUUAUGAACGAAGCCAUUAAUGCUAAUGUUGCUGAGUUUAGCUGGGAUCUCAAAUACGCUGGAGCACAAAUCCUACUCUCUCAGUUUUUCUUCCAAGGAGAGCAAGGUUUAGCCUCUCAUAAAAAUGGAGCUGACAGUUUCAUAUGCUCAAACCAUCCUGAAAGCCCCUACCAUCAAGUUUAUAUCUCUCCAGGUGGUGUCCUUCACUUGAGAGAUGGAGCCAACAGUCAAUACGUUACUGGAGCUGCUUUAUUAUUUAGUGUCUACAGUGACAUCCUCAGACAAUACAACCAGAAAGUAAAUUGUGGAGACAAGCAACUUGACGCAGACAGCCUCAUGAGCUUUGCCCAUCAGCAGAUGGACUACCUGCUAGGAAACAACCCACAGAAAAGAUCAUACAUGGUAGGUUUCGGAAACAACCCACCAAAGGAACCACAUCAUAGAGGAGCAUCAGUACCAAGAACACAAGCAAAUCAAGUAGUGAGCUGUCCGAUGAGCUUCGUGUACUGGUUCAACCAAAAUGGCCCAAAUCCAAAUGAGCUGACAGGUGCAUUUGUGGGUGGACCUGACAAACUUGAUAACUUUGUGGACAAACGAUCAGCUUCUUCAUUUACAGAGCCAUGCACUUAUGUUAACUCUCUUGCAGUUGGCGUUCUGGCAAAGCUAGCAGCCCACGCAUAGUAAUGUAUUAUGAAUACAGUGGAUCAAUUUCGUAUUGUUAUAUUGAGCAUGAAAUUUUUUUAGAAUGUUAAAGAGUCUUUUGACUCUCGGCUCAUUCAUCAGCUUUUAUCUUGAAAAUGGAAACUUGUAUGCUUUGUUUUAAUUUCAUGUAAUUUCUUUUAUUUUAUUUUGUGUAGCAAAGUUAUAGAACUUUUUUGCGAACAAUGCUAAUUUUUUUACUGAUA